UGCGGUAGCAGGCGAUCUAACGUUUGAGGUUAGGGUCCAAACGCCAUCUCUCGUUCACCACCAUGUCUGUCGACAUUCUCAUCCUCGGCGCAGGUUGGACCUCGACAUUCCUAGUUCCGCUUUGCCAGCAGUCAAAUAUCUCAUUUGCGUGCACAACGCGAUCCGGAUCGUCUCCCAAUACCCUCAAAUUUGAGUUCCAGCCAACUUCAGACGACCCCGAACCCUAUGCGCUUCUACCCGACGCGACAACGGUGCUGAUAACGUUCCCCAUCCUUGUGUCGGGUGCUGCUGAACGUCUGGUUCGGCUGUAUAAAUCAACCCGGCGCAAUACGACCGUGCAACCCGCGUUCAUCCUGUUCGGAACGACAGGAAUCUGGGAUAAAUCACCGCCUGGUCUGAAGGAGGGUCAAUGCGCGUUCUAUGAUCGCAACUCGCCCUUCACUCUCACGGGGCGCUCCACUUCGGAGAUCGAGUUAUUGGCUCUGGCGGAUCCGACCACGGUGAUCAACCUGGCCGGUCUGUGGGGAGAUAAAAGGAUCCCAAGGAAUUGGCGUGCACGGGUUGGACCCACCAAGGAAGCCCUCAAAGCCAAAGGCGGUCUGCACCUCAUUCACGGGCACGAUAUCGCACGUGCUGUACUGUCUAUUCACGCGGACUUUGAAAAGGCCGCAGGCCAGCGAUGGAUACUCACUGACGGUCGUGUGUAUGACUGGUGGGAGUUGGCAUCGGCCUGGGAUGCCGAGUCGGGCCGGUGGGUCCGGGAGCUCAUGCGGGAGGAAGGCAUACACGUUCUGCCUCGAGACUCCGCAAAGCUGGGGAGAGUGCUUGAUUCGCGGGACUUUUGGGAAGUGUUUGGAAUCACCCCAGAAAGGGCGAGAAUCGAAGACAUGGAAUGAAAAGAGAAAUCGCCCGAUGUAAUAUGACCCAUUGUACUCGUCUCCUGUACGCAGUGUAGUAAUACAUCAAAUUUUCUAACACAGGAAA